AUCAGAAGUUGGCACGCACAGCUUAUUAUUUGAAGAAGCGUUGUGGUCCUAUCAGGAACUAUUUAAGUAGUACGUCUACUCAUUCCCUUCUUCUCAUCAUUUCCUCCUUCUCCUCAUCACUAGUCAUCACUAUGCUUUCUGGUGAUCGACGCUGUCUAGGCCUAAAGGCUGCUCUGAAUUCGAUUACUCCUUCAUCUCUAUCAGUACCCCAAUCAUCGAGUGCUCUGCCCGACGUGCCCGACAUCACGCAUCUCCCCAUCCCCAUCCCUCCCAUCUCUAAGAUCGCAGAGGAUACUAACACAGCAGAACCGACUUCAAAUCACCCUGACUCUCUGCACCCUUCUCACUUCGAGCUGGCCAAUCCUCCAGGCAGAUCAGAGGUUUCCACCCCGCGACUCCCUCAACUGUCAUACGUGAAAGGUCCCUUUCGUGCUUGGCGCCGCUUGUCAGUGGAAGGUUUUGCCACAGCUAUAGCAGCUGAAGACAUAGCAUCGGGCCGCUUGGUGUGUCUCAAGGUUUUUAGGAAGAACCGGCUUCAGGAGAUGGACGAAAGUCUUCGAAUGGAGUUGGAGGUAUACAAGCGUCUUGUAUGCUCGAGGGAGUUUUGUCCUGCAACGAUGUUCCUUAUGGAAUUAGAAAUGUCGUUUCAGACGAAGAAAAACGUUUGUUUGGUUAUGGACUUGAUGGCAUAUGAUUUAUCGCAUCAUAUGUUGAAGGGAUAUGCAUACUGCGUCCAGAAUGCUCGCAGGUGGAGCGCGCAACUAGCACGUGGCAUCAACGCUUUACCCAUCGUGAUAUAAAAGCAGAAUACGUUCUAGUCAAUAUGCGACAGAACGUGCGUAUUGCUGAUUUC